UAGACUUUCUACAACAUUGAGCAAAACCUAAAACUUUUUUAAUAAACUCAAAUCCCCCAUUUCCUCCGUCUUCCCUCGCUACUGUUGAAAAAAGCAAAACGGUAAAGGCUUUUUUGUUUCAUGAAUUGUUCAAUUCAUUCAUGAAUUCCAAAGCAUUAAGAUUAAUUAUUGUAAUGUAACCCGUGGUAAGCUUCCACACAUUUCUAUAUUUUUACACACAAAUACUACUGCUGUGCUUAGGGUUUUAUUAUGCUGUGUUAUUAUACAACCAUGAACUAUAUUCGUCCCCUUUUAAUCCGCCGUGGCUACGCCACCAGGUACAGCGGCCGAGUAGUAACCGAACUAGAUAAUGGCCGUUCCUUCACCGUCGAACUCAAAGCCCCAACCAUCCAACAAGUUGACCAUAGAGGCUACCCUCUCCCCCGCCGUGACCUUAUUUGCAAAAUCAUCAACAUUCUCCACUCCAAAUCAUCCCAAAACCCAUUUCUCGAACUUUCCGAUUAUCUUGAAACCCUAACCUUAACCCUGACCCUCCCCGAAGCUUCCGAAGUCCUUAGAUCCCUUAAUUCCACCUCACUCGCACUUCAAUUCUUUCGGUUUUGCCCGUCUUCGAUUCCUAAGUUCCAUCAUGAUUGUUUUACUUAUAACCGCAUUCUUUUGAUCUUAUCCAAUUCGUCGUUGCCUGACCGGGUUGAUUCCGUUCGGAGGAUUGUUAAUGAGAUGGAUCGCCAGCGUGUGCGUGGCAAUAUCUCUACGGUUAAUCUAUUGAUUGGUGUUUUUAGUGGUGGUGAAGAUUUGGAGAGGUGUUUGAGAUUGGUCAAACAAUGGGAGCUUAAGAUGAAUAGGUAUACAUAUAAAUGCCUUCUUCAAGCUCAUUUACGGUCUCGUGAUUCGAAUAAGGGGUUUCAAGUUUAUCAAGAAAUGAAAAGGAAAGGUUAUCUACCCGAUAUCUUUUCUUAUAACAUGUUGCUUGAUGCUCUUGCCAAAGACGAAAAGGUUGAUGAGGCGAAUAAGGUAUUUGAAGAAAUGAAGAGGAAGCAUAUUGAGCCUGAUGAGUAUACAUACACUAUUAUGAUUAGAAUGAAAGGAAAGCUUGGGAAGACCGAUGAUGCGAUAUCAAUGUUUCAAGAAAUGUUGUCGAAAAAUCUAGCUCUGAAUUUGAUUGCAUACAAUACUAUGAUACAGGUUCUUGCUAUGAAUCGAAUGGUAGAUAGAGUUGUAUAUCUUUUUUCAAAAAUGGUUGAAAAUGAUUGUCGCCCGAAUGAGUUUACAUAUAGUGUUAUUCUGAAUGUAUUGGUUUCUGAAGGGCAGCUUGGUAGACUUGAUGAAGUUGUGGAGAUAUCAAAAAAGUACAUGAACAAGGGAAUAUAUGCAUAUCUUGUGCGGACACUUAGUAAGUUAGGGCAUUCCAGUGAGGCUCAUCGUUUAUUUUGUUACAUGUGGAAUUACCAUGAUAAGGGUGAUAGAGAUGCUUAUUUAUCCAUGUUAGAAAGUUUAUGCAACGAGGGUAAACUAAUUGAAGCUAUUGAUUUAUUAAGUAAGGUUCAUGAAAAGGGGAUAAUUUCUGAUACCAUUAUGUAUAACACCGUGUUCACUGCACUGGGGAAAUCAAAACAAAUAUCUCAUCUUCUUGAUUUAUACGAGAAGAUGAAACAAGAUGGCCCUUUACCGGAUAUAUUCACUUACAAUAUAUUAAUUUCUAGCUUUGGUAGAGGUGGGAGAGUCGACGAGGCUCUGAAGAUCUUUGAUGAGCUGGAAACUAGUGAUUGUAAGCCUGAUAUUGUAUCGUAUAAUUCUUUAAUAAAUUGUUUAGGGAAAAAUGGGGAUGUUGAUGAAGCUCACAUGAGAUUUAAAGAGAUGGAAGAAAAGGGUUUAAAUCCUGAUGUUGUAACAUAUAGUACGCUUAUAGAGUGUUUUGGGAAGUCGGAUAGAGUUGAUAUGGCUUGUAGAUUGUUUGACGAAAUGCUUUCCAAUGGCUGUUGCCCGAAUAUUGUCACGUAUAAUAUAUUAUUAGAUUGCCUCGAGAGAAGUGGAAGAACUGCCGAAGCUGUUGAUUUAUAUGCAAAGCUAAAAGAACAAGGUUUAACACCUGAUUCAAUUACAUAUUCUAUUCUUGAACGUCUACAAAGUGGUUCUCAUAAAAAGUUUAGAAGCCGGAGGCAGAAUCCCAUAACUGGAUGGGUUGUCAGCCCUUUAAGGUGAUCUUCGGAUGAAAUCCCGAUGCUCAAAUGUAUAGAAUGGGGCCAUUUUCAGCAAAAAGUUCGGAAGCUAAUACAAAUGAAUCUAGAAAGCUCUUGCCUGUAAACUUUCCAGACCAGUUUAUGUGAAUGAUGACCUAGGACCUCAAAGAGUUAUGGGAAGUUUAGCACACGAUAAUCUUCCAGCUUCUUAUAUUCCUUAUGAAAGCUAAGUUAUCUGGGACCGGAAAUCCGGAAUACGCCAUGACUGGCCAUCUAUUGGCGAAAAGUGAUGUCUACAGCUGUGGUGUAGCUCUAUUAAAGCCAGUGGACCUAUUGCAAGUUUGCAACCACCAGGCCAAGAAAAUCUAGUAGCGUCUGAUAGACCACUGCUCACCAAACAAGGAGGCUCUGGAAUCAACAGGUGGACCUAUACACCUUCUGUUUGUUUAUUAUUCUGAUUAUGAAUCAUUCAGUAGUUUGCAGUCAUGGUAUGCAGUAUCAUCAAGUUGUCUCUUUUUUGCGAUAAGCAAUUGUAAAUGAAAUGUCGGAGCAUAUUAAAGUUUGUUGAUGGUAUGUGGUAACACAUGAUUUUCACUUCACAAACAAGGAGGGCCUGGAAUUAACAAGUGGACCUAUAGGCCUUCUGUUUGAUCUUCCUUUCUGUUUGUUUAUUAUUCUGUUAUGAAUCGUUCAGUAGUCUGCUGUCAUGGUAUACAGUAUCAUCAAGUCGCCUCUUUUCGCAAUAAGCAAUUGUUAAAUGAAAUGUUACAGCCCAAGCAGGUUUGGUUCCAAGUUAUUGUAAAGACGGGGCUGUUCCAGAACUCGUUUAUCUGGGAUGACAUAGUUGAUGAUAUGAUACCUUUGGUGAAAGCAUAUCGGCAGAGUAUUGUCACAAAGCUUGUUCUUGGUGCAUCAGCUUAUUCUGUGUGGCGAGAGCGGAAUGCAAGGCAAUUCAAGAACCAUAGGCACAUUUUAGAUCAGCUUGUUGAGGAGAUCUUUGGGACUGCUCGUUUAAAGUUGCUUCUAAUUCCGUUCAAGAAAAAAAGUGAAGUGGAGGAAACUUUGAGGCCAUGUAAACUAACUGGUUUUAAUUGGAUUGUAAUAUUAAUGUAAUGCUUAGCAGCUAGUAUUGUGUUCUAUGUGAGUGGCAUGUCAUGUCUUGUGGUUGGGUUUGCACAGUUUGUGUGGCUUUGCACAGGAAUGUAAUAUUAGACUUUUAGUUAAUGUUUCUGUACCUCAGCCAGUACGGCUGUUUUAAUUGUUUGGUAUAUAUAAAAGCUAACCAUUUAUACCAAAAAUAAAUAAAUAAAUGAAAUUGUUGGAACA